ACCCCUCCGACUUCGACAGCUCUGGACUCCCGAUUCCGAGUCAGACGCUUGACUCCCAACGACUAUCAGGUCCUUCAGGACUGGGCUCCAGCUGCACAAUUCGAUAGUGGAUCGAUAGCUCCUGUCUCGAUGAUACCGGACAAACCUGGCAGCGGCGCAGUUCGUUUUAUGCAUACACGGUACUGUACUGACAAAUCGCCUCGUUUUGAUUUGUUUUUUUGUGACGAAUUUACCAUUACAGUACCUAACUACAACCUCCAACGGCGGAGUUGUCGCCACCUGGCUAUGUGUUGGCGGGCGUAGCGGACAACCGAGGUCGUCGGGCGGACGACAAGAUGGCCCACCCACUGUGGCAUCAUGCUGACCCGCCGUGCUGGCCUUUACUGUACCGCCGAGCGCCUUGGACUCCAGAAGAGGCUCUUCCAAACUUGCGAACAGAGUGACAGUCACAGUGACAGUGAGCCGGAUUUCUGCCCGGGAAGCUCUGAAUUUCCGCCGGAAAUCCCGUGAUGCGGUUUUGCGAGUGGCGAUGGGGGCACUGGGGUGCUAGGGGAGUGGCAUGCAGCAAGGCCUCAAUUCCGAGGCCUCGGGACUGAGUCAGUGGUACAAACACAGGCCCUUCUAGGCUACUACUGUACUAGGCACCACCACUGGUGCUCUUCACACCAACGUCGAACGUUUUCACAAUCCGAAGUCUAUUCGCCGUCUCCCACGAAUAAGAAGGUGUCGGGCGUCACCCCUUGAAUAAGCCCUCGCCGCUAGCCAUGGCACCUCGCCGCCUUCCGGCAUUAGUUGUUUCAGCGCAAGCGGCGGCGCUUGCGCUGCUGCUCGUCGUCGCGGCGGCGCUUGGCGGGGUGCAUGCAUCGGGGGGAAGGGCGGAGCCGCGCAGGCUGGCCGCGGGUGGAAGCGGGACUGCAGCGGAGCUGGUAAAGGACUCCCCCCGUUCUUCCGCGGAGGGGGAAGUGGGGAAUUCCGCGCUUGUGGUGAACGAUUCCGCGCCUUCUUCCGCGAAAGGGGGUGAGGGGGCGGAGGCGGAGGCGGAGGCGGAGGUGGAGGCGGGGGUUCCGCCGCUGCAGCUGAUAAUAGCGGAGGAAGGGCGCGCAGUGGGCGCAGUGUGCUUGGACGGGUCGGCUCCAGGAUUCUACUAUCGGAAGGGCUAUGGCUCAGGCCGCAACAACUGGGUGCUCUUCUUCGAGGGCGGCGCAUGGUGCUCGUCGCACCACGCCUGUGCGCACAGGGCCACCACCAUCUUGGGGUCGUCAGCCCUCUUUCUGCCUGCUGAAGAGAUGGAGACCACGGAGAGGGGCAUGAAGGGCAUGUUCAGUGCCAACCGCACCAUCAACCCGGACUUCUACAAUUGGAAUGCGGCAUUCUUCCCUUACUGCGAUGGCGGCUCUUUCUCAGGCGAUCGGGAGCACAUACCCGUCCCCAAUGGCGCGCCUCUGUAUCUUCGCGGCAGAAGGGUGGCUGACUUGCUUCUGAAGCACCUGAUUGACAGGAUGGGGCUUGCCCAGGCACACCAGGUGGUUGUGGCGGGGUGUUCGGCAGGUGCCGUGGCAGUGCUGCUACACUGCGAUCGGAUCCGAGCCGCACUGGAGGCCAUCGCUCCCUCCAUUAGCGUCCGCUGCAUCGCAGAUUCCUCCAUGUUCCUUGACCUUGGGUCCCGAAAGGGGAAGGAGAAAGUGGUAGAGGGGAGGGGGAGGGGGGGGAGGGGGAGGGGGAGGGGGGGAGGGGGAGGGGAGGGGAGGGGGGGAGGGGGAGGGAGGGGGGGGAGGGGAGGGGGGGAGGGGAGGGGGAGGGGAGGGGCGAGGGGGAGGGGGGGAGGGGGAGCAGGCGGAGACGGACAGCGAGGGCAGCGAGGACAAGGGAGCAACCCGUGGGACUGCAGUGAUGGGAACAGUGGGGAGGACGGAGGAGGAAGAGGAGGAGGAGUAGGAAGAAGCGGGGGAGUCGCAGCAAGGAGCCGUG